UUCUGCCUCAGAAGCAAAGUUUACAGAGAAUGUUUCCAGAAUCUGUUUGUUCAGCAAUAUUCUAUGGUGCACCGGUUCGACACCAACAAGUUAAUGAGUGUAGCCACCUUCUUUGGGCAUCUCCUGGCCACUGACGCUCUUCCUUGGCAUGUUCUUGGAUAUGUUCAGUUAACAGAGGAAGACACAACUCCUUCAUCACGUAUCUUUCUCAAAAACCUUUUCCUACAACUCUCUGAGCAAUUAGGAAUUAAGGUUUUGAAUGAAAAGCUUCAUGAUCCAACCAUGGAGGAGACAUUCGAGUCCAUCUUCCCAAAAGACCAUCUGAAAAACACACUGUUUUCCAUCAAGUUCUUCACCCAAAUCGGACUUGGGGGCAUCACUGGAAAACUCAGACAGCUCAUCGCCAAACGCAAGGAAAUUGAUUCAAGGGAGUUAAGAGAUGAGAUUGAGACAAAGCACAGAAGAAAAAGAGUUUAAUCGAUGGCAUUUAUGUGAAGCUCUCUCGAGUUGUUAGUCUUUAUUUAGCUUGAGGAACUAGCAAAGUUUCAGAAUUUUCAAAGACAAUAUUUUGGUUUGAUGAACUUUAAAGCUAUUUCUUCUCUUUGGCAUA